AUGUUUUUUGGUGGACGACAAAACGACACAAAGAAUGCAACAAAGAACCGCAAUCCAAUGGACCGCAACAAAAGCCAUUUUGGUGUCAAUCGUAGUGGUGGACGUGGUGGACGUGCCAACAGCAAUCAAUACAACGACCAUAAGACAGCACUGUAUUCACAGCUCAAGGAAAAACGUGUUACCGAACGAGCCAAUGCAAUCAAAAACGGCCUGAUACCUGAUCCCAGUAAGCCUAUGCGCCUCGCUGAUGCUAUCGAUUUCCGUGGCACGCUGCAACACAUGUGUUCUCGCUUUGAACAAGUGGAACGUGAAGUUCAAAACAUGUUGGACCCUUUGGAAAUGGAUGCGAGUGGACAAGCUGAUCCAAAAAGGACCGUCAAGAAGUAUCGUCGAUCUGCAGCAGGCAAUGAACAACCAUUACCAUCGGAUGUACGACCACCCCAUGUAUUAAGGCGGACGCUUGAUUACCUGGUCAAUGAGAUCCUUAUGCAAUACCCUCUCAUCAAAUGCCAUGGCUUCUUAUGGGAUCGUACACGCUCCAUCAGACAAGAUUUCACCUUGCAGAAUAUCCGUGACGCGUCAGCUGUUGAACUUCAUGAAAAGAUUGCACGUUUGCAUAUCCUCAGUUUACACGAGCUCUGCGAGUAUGAUGAUGAGAAGUUCAGCGAACAACAAGAAACCGAGCAGCUUCGAAAAGUGCUCUUGAGUUUGAUGGAGUUUUAUGAUGAUUUACGAGAGGAUGGCAUUGAGACGCCCAACGAAGCCGAAUUUCGUGCCUAUUACUUGAUUUCUCAUAUCCGUGAUCAUGAAGUGGCUCGACAAAUCAUGCAAUUGCCGCGCCAUGUUUUAUUUCAUCCAUUACUGCAACGUGCGCUACAAUUUUACGAAUUGAUUCAACGCAAUAAUGAAAUCAUGGAGACCUCUGAACGCCGCAACAAGUUCACCAAUGUGGAAGCAUCUCAAAACAACUAUUCAAAGUUAUUCAAGCUUGUUGGUGAAGGUGAUACGCCCUUCUUAUUGGCGUGCAUGAUGGAAUGGCAUUUCCCGGAUAUCCGUAAAGGUGCUCUCAAGGCCAUGAAUCGAGCGUACUUGUCCGUUCAUAUUGGCGUCGAGGUUGAAUAUCUUCGUCAGGUGCUCGCUUAUGACUCUGUCAAGCAAUUGUUAUCCGAAGCACAUCUUUAUGGACUUUCUUUUGAGGUGAGCGCGACACAAACGACGAUUCGAUUUGGACAAAAGACCAAGCAAAAGAUGCAUGUAUUUGUUGAGCCUUUAUCCAAUCCUCGACCAACCAAGUCCAUGUUGCUUGUGGAUCCGAAAAAAGGCAACCGCACCUUUGCACAGAUUGUGAAUGGCGAAUUGGAUGAUGUUUUGGUUCCUACCAAGAACAACCUAUUUCAAACAUUACCCAAUGAUCUCCCUGCCAACGGUGGUCCAGUCAUCAACACUUUCAGAUCCGAACAUCGAUUACUCCCUACGGUGGAUGCAACAAAAGCUUUUGCUAAUGCUCGUCGUGUCCAAGAAGGACGUCCAAGCACACCUCCUAUACCUCCACAACAGCAACAAUAUCAGCUUCAGGUGCAAGCACAGCAAGAAGCGUUACGUCAACAACAAGAAAAGGCACGCUUGGAGGAGCAGAAACGACAGGAACAAGAGCAAGUGGAUACGGAUGAAGUGAUGAGAUCUGCUCAAGUGGUUCGUGCAGAAGAACAACUACGAAUGGAAGUACGAGCUCAGCUUGAAGAACAAGAACGUUAUUUGGCAGAAAAGAGACGAGAGUACCUAGCCAAGAUUGAAGAAGAAGAGCGCAAUAGACACAUGGCAAGAUUACGAGAACGUGCAGUGGAGAGUGUUCGAGAACAUAAGCGGAAACGACGUGAGGAGAUGGUGACCACGCUUAGCGAUUUCUUGACAACAGCGGUGCUUGAAGCAGUUACAGGCGAGGAAACAAGGAAAGCUGCAAAGCAUACCAUGUGUGCUAUGAAGCUCAUCAAGCGACGGAUGACACCUCUUUUGAAGCGAGUACGUGCAAGGAUCCAGAAGCGACAAGAUCGUGUUAGAGAACGCAACAGCCUCUAUCGCUUGACUCAACGACUUACACAAGCUGUGAAUACCCGCACCACAAUCAACAACACUGUCAGCAGCACCCCACAGAGUCGAUCCAUGGCUAUUCAAUCAUUAAUGUCAGAAGGCAUGGCAUUACGGCGUGCUGUACAAAAGCCAACAAAGAACAACCCUACUGCUAUUUGGGAAAUGAAGAAUGUGGCGCAUGACUUAUAUCCACACAUCAAAGAAGCAUUGAGUCUGAGGAGGGCAAAUAAGGACACGUGGUUGAUGUAUAUCCAUUUGGAGGCUGAGGACAUGAAUGCGACCCAAUGGUUUAUGCAUAAAUUUGGAUUGGAUCCCGAGUUUCAUCGACGCAUUGAACGUGUUCAAGACAUGACAAUUGGCAUUCGUGCAUUAUACCCUACGAGUCCUAUCUAUAGUCAGGUGGUGGAUGACACAAGCAGUAUCAUAUUUGGUCUAUCUGAAAUGCGGCAUAGCAGCGAAGGGGAUGAUAUAGAUGACGUUAUUUAUUGGCGGAAGGAGAAACAACGGCUGGAUCGAUUUUGUCAACAACUCAAGGCAGAGAACCCUGCGUUUCAUGCACCAUUCUUAUUCACAUAUUGGCCACGAACAAAGGCAUUACAAAGCGCGAUUGAAAUGCUUCCCGAUUUUUUGGGCCUGGAACAAAACCAAGUUGUACAUAGUUAUCAUAUAUUGAUCAUGAACCCAACAACCAUCCCCGAGCGUCUUGAUGAGGAAUUAACGUGGCUGGCAAGAAGCACCGUCGUCAAUACGUUGACCGUAUAA